CGGUAUCCCAUGGGCUCAAUGAUCUCAUCCGUGAGAUGAAGAGCGUCACCGCAUGUGUAGUGGAACUCAGCGAGUUACCUGAUCGCUACAUUACACUGGACGAUCCUCAUCUAUCAAGAAUCAUCUCUACCAUCCCAAUCGCUGUUUAUUGGACCAUAAGAAGCAUCGUGGCUUGCAUUUCUCAGAUCAACAUGAUCACUGCCAUGGGACACGAGAUGAUGAACACUCAAAUGGAUUCAUGGGAAACGUCCAUGUUAGCUAACAAGCUCAAGAACAUUCAUGACCAUCUUGCUGAGACCUUGAGGCUUUGCUACCGCCACAUAGAGAAGCAGAGGAGCUCAGAAUCCUUAAAGAUGUUGCAUUCUCUAUUCGACACCACUCACAUUGAUAACAUGAAGAUUCUCACGGCCUUGGUUCAUCCCAAAAACCACACCACACCACUGCAAGAUGGUUCGACCAAGAGAAAGGUUCACUUGGAUGUGUUGAGGAGGAAGACAGUGUUGCUUCUCAUCUCGGACCUCAACAUAUUGGAAGACGAGCUAUCGAUUUUCGAGCAAAUAUACACAGAGUCGAGGAGGAACUUGCAGGGAAUAGAUGGUAAGAGCCAUAUGCCUUACGAGGUUGUGUGGGUUCCGAUAGUGGAUCCUAUCGAAGAUUAUGAAAGAUAUCCGAGUCUGCAGAAUAAAUUUGAGGCUCUCCGUGAGCCUAUGCCAUGGUACACAGUGGAUAGUCCAAAGCUGAUAGAGAGACAUGUGGUGGAGUUUAUGAGAGAGAGAUGGCAUUUCAUGAACAAGCCAAUACUCGUGGUGCUUGACCCACAAGGCAACGAGGCUAGUCUCAACGCGCUUCACAUGAUCUGGAUUUGGGGGACUGAAGCUUUCCCUUUCACUAGAGCUCGUGAGGAAGAGCUCUGGAGGAGGGAGACCCUCACGCUUAACCUCAUCGUUGAUGGCAUCGACUCUGUCAUUUUCAAUUGGAUAAACCCGGAAAAUUACAUAUUCUUGUACGGAGGAGAUGACUUGGACUGGAUAAGAAGGUUCACAAUGGCGGCCAAAGCAACGGCCAAAGAUUCCAACGUGAAGCUGGAGAUGGCUUAUGUUGGUAAACGUAACCACAGCCACAGGGAACAUAUCAGGCGGAUCAGUGAAGCCGUCAGGGCUGAAAAUCUGAGUCAUAGCUGGGCCGAGCCUGCAUUGAUGUGGUUCUUCUGGACUAGGCUCGAGAGCAUGCUCUACUCCAAGAUUCAACUCGGCAAAGCUGAUGAUCACGACGAGGUGAUGCAAGGAAUCAAAAAGAUACUAAGCUACGACAAGCUCGGAGGAUGGGCACUGCUGAGCAAAGGACCUGAGAUAGUGAUGAUAACUCACGGUGCCAUUGAGAGGACUGUGACCGUUUACGACCGAACCUGGAAAACUCACGUUCCCACCAAAGGCUACACCAAGGCAAUGUACGACCACCACCACGACGAGAUUCUCCGGGAAACCGGGAAACCAUGCAGCCACUUUGAUUUCCACAUCACUGCUCGGAGCGGUCGUAUUCCGGAGAAGAUGAACUGCUUCGACUGCCACCGUCCCAUGGAGAAGUACAUGAGCUUCGCAUGUUGUCACGAUGAUAAGCUCCUUGACCAAGACGAGAACUACAACUUCUAGAUUACAAAAAGAAAACAAGGCUAUACCAUGCAUGACCUACGAGCGUCUUCCUUUUUUACUUCAAAUUUGAAUUUAUUUAUUUAAACAAUAAUUUCAGUGUCUUUGUAUGAGAACUGGCCAGUCUUGUAGGUUGGCCUUCAUGGACAAUGUUUGAUUGAAGUAUUCUUGAUCAUUUUCAUUAAUAAACUAUUUCUUUAAUGGAGAUUA